AUGAAGGCCAUCCUGGCUUUGUGGUCAUGUCUAGCGGUUAUUGCUAGCGCACAAGGUCAACCAGACGCUCGAGGCAAGACGCCUUACGACUAUGUCAAUCCGCUCAUCGGAACCAUCAACGGAGGCCAUGUCUUCCCCGGCGCAACACUUCCGUUUGGCAUGGCUAAAGCUGGAGCCGACACGUACGGCGGAGAGAACCAGGGAGGAUUUGCAUCAGACAUGUCACCAAUCUACGGCUUCUCACAUAUGCAUGACAGCGGCACUGGUGGAUCAGCAUCGCUCGGCAACUUCCCCAUCUUUGCACAAGCAGGAUGCCCCAACAAUGAUGUUAACGCAUGCAAGUACAUCCAGGGGCAGCGCGCAACGCCUCGCCAACAAGGAAGGGUGAGGGCACGACCAGGAUACUUCGACAUCACCUUGACUUCCAAUAUCAGAACGGAAAUGACAGUCACGAAUCACACAGCCUUAUACAGGUUUACGUUUCCAGAUACUCCAGCAACUGCAAACACGACACUAAGUCCACACAUUUUAGUCGAACUUAGUGAUCUUCCUCAUACCAGGAGCGAGGCCAAUAUCACCGUCUACCCUGACAGCGGACGCAUCACAGGAGGCGGGAGGUUCUCACCCUCUUUUGGCAGCGGCACGUACCAGUCGUACUUCUGUCUUGAUUUCGAUGGCGCAAAUGUCAAAGAUGCAGGCAUAUGGUCCAAUUCUCGGGCAUCAAAGCAAGCUCAAAGCCUCAAGAUCAAGCCUGGCGAUGAGCGUCAAACACCGAGUGACACACCUGCGGGUGGCUGGGUGCAGUUCGAAAAGCCGAAUGCGGGAAAUCAAGUCCUAGCGAGAGUCGGCAUGAGCUUUAUCAACGAAGCCCAAGCCUGCUCCAACGCUGAACGAGAGAUUGUAAUGAGCGACUUUGAUGGCAUCGUCGCUGCAGCUGAAGCUGCGUGGAAAAAGAAGUUCUCCGUGGUCACCGUGAAAGACGGAGGUGUCUCUGAGGUCCUUCUGAACGCGUUCUGGAGUGGCGUGUACCGCGCCAUGAUCUCGCCGCAAGACUAUACGGGCGAGAAUCCAUUUUGGGAUGACGGAAACCCAUACUACGACUCUUUCUACUGCAUCUGGGAUUCUUUCAGGAGUAUACACCCACUUCUCACUAUACUGGAUCCGCAUAGCCAGACACUGAUGGUCAGGAGUCUUUUGAGUAUUUAUAAGCACACGGGCUACCUUCCUGACUGCAGAAUGAACCACUGCAAAGGAGGCUCAAACGCCGACAUCGUCAUCGUUGACGCAUACCUCAAGAACAUCACCACAGGCAUCGAUUGGGCGGUUGCCUACGAAGCCAUAGUCAAAGACGCCGAGAUCGAGCCUCCAGACUGGAAUCUCGAAGGUCGCGGCGGCCUCGCCUCUUGGAAAAGUCUCGGCUACAUUCCUACUGAGAACCUCGACACUGAUGGCACGGGACUCGAGACCCGUUCAAUCUCACGCACAGUGGAGUACGCAUACAACGACUUCGCCAUCAGCAUCCUUGCGAGCGCACUCGGCUACUUUAGCGACGCCGCCAAAUACCUGGGCCGGAGUGGGAAUUGGAAAAACAUGUUCAAUCCCACCCAGCGCAGCAUCGUCAAAGGCCAAGACACAGGCUUUCAAGGCUUCCUCCAACCACGCUACCUUAACGGGACAUGGGGCUACCAAGACCCCAUCUUCUGCUCACCCCUCCUCAACUUCACAGGCUGCUACCUCAACCCCGCCGGUCGCGAGACGUACGAGGGGCCCAUCUGGAUGUACACAUUCUACGUGCCCGGCGACCAGGCCUCGCUCAUCGACACCCUCGGCGGCACAGACACUUUUAUCAAGCGCUUGGAUUGGCUGCACGACUCUGGCGUGCUGUAUCUCGGGAACGAGCAAUCCUUCCUCAACGUCUUCUUGUACCACUAUGCUGGCAGACCGGGCAGGAGCGCGGAAAGAGCACACCAGUAUAUCCCGAGCUUGUUCAACGACACGAUUUCUGGGAUUCCUGGGAACGAUGAUUCGGGUGCGAUGGGCAGCUUUGAAGCGCUGGUCAUGAUGGGGUUGUAUCCUAAUGCGGGGCAGGAUGUGUACUUCAUUAUCCCGCCGUUCUUUGAGGAGGUGAGUAUUUUGAACCAGCAGACGGGUAAGACGGCGACGGUGAGGAACGUCAACUUUGAUGCGACGUAUGGGAAUAUUUUUAUUCAGAGUGCGACGCUGGAUGGGGUGCCGUAUACGAGGAAUUGGAUCACGCAUAGUUUCUUCCUUGAAGGUGGCGUGCUGGAGUUGACGCUAGGGCCGGAGGAGAGCGAGUGGGGGACGGGGCCGGAGGAUGUACCGCCUAGUUUGGGGCCGUUUGGGAAUUUGACGACGAGAGGGGAUGUGGAUGGGAGGUGGUAG